AUUUGAGGUUCUGAAGACAUUAUAAAAGAAGUGAUAUAUACUAAGUUUGCUCCCAUACUACCUGUUACAAUUUAAAGACAAGGUUAACUGUAAUUUUUUGUUCUAUCUCAAACAUGAGUUUCGUUUUUCGGGGGACUAGAGGAGAUAUUGAAAGUGGAUUUCCGGGAUUUAUACCUGAACGACCUGCAGUGCGUAUUCAUGCAGCUCGACCAGUUAAUAUAAACUCACUUGCUUUUCUUGUCACAGUUCUUUUGCUGUUCAUGAUUUUAAACUCUCACCAGAUGUCACCAAAUUUUCUGCUCUGGCUAGUUGUUGGUGUAUUUUUGAUGGCCACAAGCCUAAGGAUGUAUGCCACUUGUCAACAACUUCAAGCCCAGGCUAGGGCUCAUGCUGCAGCAGCCAGUGGCCUGCUUGGUCAUACUGAAUUGCGACUCCACAUGCCGCCAUCAAUUGCUUUUGCAACCAGAGGACGAUUACAGGGGCUAAGGCUUCAGCUUGCACUUCUUGAUCGGGAAUUUGAUGAAUUAGAUUAUGAUACUCUGAGAGCACUAGACUCUGAUAAUACUUCCACAACUCCUUCAAUGAGUGAGGAAGAGAUAAAUGCCUUACCUGUUCACAAAUACAAGGUUCCUGGCCGAGAGAGUGCUGGCUCAUCAUUACAACAUCCAUUGUCUUCCUCUAACCCAGCUGAGCUGUCAAAGCAAGAAUCUAGAAAAACAGAUGGGUGCGUGAAGGCUUCAGAAGAUGAACUGACAUGCACUAUUUGCUUAGAGCAAGUGAAUGGGGGCGAGCUUGUCCGUAGCCUACCUUGUUUGCAUCAGUUCCAUGCCAACUGCAUCGAUCCAUGGCUACGGCAGCGUGGCACAUGUCCUGUGUGUAAGUUCAGGAUGGUAUCAGGAUCUGGAUGGCAGGAAAACAGGGGAAGUGAAUCAGACGAUUCAGACAUGGUUUGACGUAAACAUCUUAUAUGCAUAUAGUAUUUCGUAUAUGUAUAUGUAUAACAUCUGACUUGCACUAAAAUAAUUUUUGCUGUAGAACAUGUGUAUAUAGAACCUCAGGGUCGGAUAAAAGUGAAGGAACUGUAUUGUUAGUGAACCCAGUUUUCUUAGCCUUGUAUUUUUUUAAUAAUAAUAAUUGUGAAGAUAUGGUCAGGAUGGUUACUUUGAUUA